AUGGUGUCCCUAAGUAAAAAACCCGCGAAAUCGCCAGUGUUCUUACUAAGCGUUGCAACAGGUGGAUGUUUUGGCGUUUUAACUGUAUUUUUAAUAGUACAAGGAAGUUGUGUAUUUAUUUGGAGCCUUCUGCAUAUUAAAAUCAUUUAUUGUGGCCCUCUUAAAGACUGGCCAAGUGGCUUGGCCAUCGAAGUUCCUUUACGGAAAAAAUUUUUUAGGAGGACGACACCGAGUCCCGAACCCGCACGUUCAAGAACUCCCAUACUAGUACAGCAUGAUGAAAUACUAUCUGCAGCUGAAACAUUAGCAGCGCUGAGUUCAGCCCCGCCAUCGCCUGGUUUAGACCAAGGAGCCAUAUCCCAUAUAUUAUCGGCAGCUGAAACAUUAGCAGCUCUGAGUUCAAAUCCGCCGUCGCCUCUUUUAGACAAAGAAGCCAGCUGGCCCUCGUUGCCCCGUGAUUUUGAAUUGUUUGAUACUGCAGUUGCAUCACGAGUCGUUUCACCUGCACUUUCAUUAGUUUCAAACGCACCUUCUCCAAUAGUAAAUAUUGAAGUCGACACGGUUCAGACAUCUGCCCUUAGAACAGUGCGCCUUCCCAAACGCAGAGAGGAAUCUCCUUCCUAUCAAUCUCCUGCAGUUUGUCGUGGCCCUCCUCGUCCAUUAAAGGACUCAGAAAUAGAAAAUGUCCUUUUCUAUGGCAAGUACCUACUUUAA